UUUAUGGAUUCAGCAAGGAGUUGGCUACACAAGUUUCAACCAAGAGACAGGUUAAGGUCAAAUAACAGGAGGAGGGAUUCGAUGGGUGGGGGUGAAGAUGAAAUUUCUGGUGAAGAGGCAUCAGCUAUAACAAAGCAGAAGGUUGCUGCAGCUAAGAAAUAUAUUGAGAACCAUUACAAGGAGCAAAUGAGGAAUUUGCAGGAGAGGAGAGAAAGGCGAAUUUUACUUGAGAAGAAACUAGCUGAUGCUGAUGUUUCAGAGGAAGAUCAAAACAACUUGCUUAAAUUUCUAGAGAAGAAGGAAACUGAAUACAUGCGCCUUCAGAGGCACAAAAUGGGAGCUGAUGAUUUUGAGCUACUCACAAUGAUUGGGAAGGGUGCUUUUGGUGAGGUCAGAGUCUGCAGGGAGAAGACAACAGGCUGUGUAUAUGCUAUGAAAAAACUUAAGAAAUCAGAAAUGCUUCGUAGAGGCCAAGUUGAACAUGUGAGAGCUGAAAGGAAUCUGCUUGCAGAGGUGGACAGCAAUUGUAUUGUCAAGCUGUAUUGCUCUUUCCAAGAUGCCGAAUAUCUAUAUCUCGUAAUGGAAUAUCUACCUGGUGGAGACAUGAUGACCCUGCUUAUGAGAAAGGAUACCUUGAAUGAAGACGAAGCCAGAUUUUAUGUUGCCGAAACAGUUUUAGCUAUUGAAUCCAUCCACAAACAUAACUAUGUACAUAGAGACAUCAAGCCAGAUAAUUUGCUACUUGAUAGAUAUGGUCAUUUGAGAUUAUCAGAUUUUGGAUUGUGUAAACCUUUAGAUUGUAGUACACUGGAAGACACAGAUUUUUCAUCUGUUGACAAUGCGAGUGGAACUUCAACAAGCAAUGAGCGCGCUGCAGCUCCAAGACGAACACAACAAGAACAAUUACAGCAUUGGCAGAAAAAUAGGAGGACACUUGCUUAUUCUACAGUCGGAACUCCUGAUUAUAUAGCUCCAGAGGUUCUAAUGAAGAAAGGCUAUGCACUGGAAUGUGAUUGGUGGUCCCUUGGUGCUAUUAUGUUUGAGAUGCUUGUGGGGUAUCCACCUUUCUACUCUGAUGAUCCGAUGUCAACCUGUAGGAAGAUAGUAAAUUGGAAAAUGCAUUUGAAGUUUCCUGAAGAAGCAAAGCUUUCGCUAGAGGCAAAAGAUCUAAUUAGCAAACUGCUUUGUAAUGUCAACCAAAGGCUGGGUUCAAAAGGUGCAGAUGAAAUAAAGGCUCAUCCUUGGUUUAGAGGAAUCGAUUGGGAUAGAAUUUAUCAAAUGGAAGCCGCAUUCAUUCCUGAAGUUAAUGAUGAGUUGGAUACUCAAAAUUUCGAAAAGUUUGAAGAGUCUGAACACCAAAUUAAUAGUUCAGCAAGAUCUGGGCCGUGGAGACGGAUGCUUUCAUCCAAAGAUAUCAACUUUGUUGGAUACACAUACAAGAACUUUGAGAUCGUUAAUGAUUAUCAAGUUCCCGGAAUGGCUGAACUUAAAAAGAAAAGCAACAAACCGAAGAGACCAACAAUCAAGUCACUAUUCGAGGAAGAACCAGAAAUAGACACAGAUGGUUCUGAGACGGCUGCAAACGGAUCGUAUUUAAACCGGUUGCCACCAAAAACAGAAGUUUCUGAAAAACAAAAGCACAAGGGAUAACAUCAACUCUUCGGGUUUAUUUGGCU